AUGCGCUGCUUUGCCCUCUUUUUGAUUGUGGUUCAUUCCUGCAGCCAGUGUGAGGCCUUUAGAGGUGUUGAUCUAGAAGAUCUGGCUUCCAAUAACACAUGGGUGAUCACAUACAGCUCAGGCUGUAGCACCACCUGCGGACUGGGAAUCCGUACCCAGAGGCUCUGCCCUUUGGGCACUGACCACAAAGCUAACUCCCCAGCAUGCAGAGUUCGUCAGGUCCAAUGUCUGGACAAGUGGCAGUGUGGGCUGCAGCUUCAAACAGUCACUGCAGGACAGUUUGUGGAACUGGAUUGUCUCGAGGAAGUCAUGGAAGCCAUGGGCCACUUUGCCUUUGCAGUGUCGUGGCACUUUGCACGAGGUAUCAUAACCACCAAUAACCGCUUCUUUAUACAGCGUGACGUCCCCGGGCUGGACAGGGUCGUCCUGAAUCCGGUGAAAGAGGAGGAUGCUGGGACAUAUCGCUGUGAUGUGCUGGACACAUCUUACCACAGGGUAAAGAGGAUGUAUAAAGGACUGAAGGUUUUAUCUGCAAAUGUUCUGAAUCUCAAAUUCACUGAGGGUUUGACCGAGUGGGAGAAACCAGUAGAGAAUAACAUAACUGUUGUUACUGGGAAACUGUAUCCGAGAAGCACCGUGCAAAAGGUUGUGCUGCUCAGUUCGUGCAUAUCCAUCACCACAGCUAUGAUUGUCUUCCUUGGCCUGUUUGCGUUUUCUUACUGUAAAAGGUCAACAAGGAAGGGCCGAAUUUCCCCAUGA